AUGGAGGGACAUCUUCUGCACUACCUCCUGGACACUUCACUCCCCCUACUCCAGGAUGAUGACAUAACACUGGGCUCGAUGAGGUCACACAUGUGCAACUCUGCCCCAUGUAAUCAAGGUCCAGCCGAUGGAGCAGCUGCUAACACAAACCAGCCGAGCAGCCCUUUGAAGGUCACAGUGAAGAUUAUCAAAGAUCCACUCCUGGACUACGGUUUUAUGGUCUCAGAAGAUUCACCAGGGCCCAAGUCAUCAUUUAUUACUGAAGAAAAGCGAGCCAGAUUGAAAAGCAACCCAGUCAAAGUACACUUUGCUGAGGAAGUGAUCGUCAAUGGCCAAAUACAGGGUAACUCGCUACUCUUAAUGCCCGGUAUUCUCAAGGUGUAUUUGGAAAAUGGACAGACCAAAGCCUUUCAAUUUGAGAAAAAUACAACAGUGAAGGCUGCCACCAGUGAACGUGUGCGUGAAGGUGACGAGAAUGUGGAGCGAGGUAACUGGUCCUCGAAGAUUGACUACUUGCUCUCAGUGAUCGGUUCUGCUGUGGGUUUGGGCAAUGUAUGGAGAUUCCCGUACCUGGCCUACAGAAAUGGAGGAGAUGCACUCCAACAACGCAAGCCGCACCACGUGACCGUCGUUCGUUGGGUCUCGCGCGCUCCAAUUCGAACUCCUGGCCGUUGGCCACCAGCUGCUGCGGAGCGCGAACGCACGUGUCAGCAGCUUGAGGAGAUUCCCCUAAAGGUGUUCACGACAUCAUUCCCGGCAAGUGGGUCUACGUUAAGAAAAUACACAAAGAACCGUUGGGUGCCAAGUGGGAAGAGUGCUGCCAAUCCAGCAGUGAACAGAAAUGAUGAAAAUGUGAAGAGAGGUAACUGGUCCUCAAAGACUGACUACUUGCUCUCGAUGAUUGGCUGUGCUGUGGGUCUAGGCAAUGUCUGGAGAUUCCCUUUCCUGGCUUACAAAAAUGGAGGAGGUGUAUUUCUUAUUCCCUACUCAAUCAUGCUGGGUCUUGUUGGGAUACCAAUAUUUUUCUUGGAAUCUUCCUUUGGACAGUUUGCCAGCCUCGGGCCUGUUGCAGUGUGGAAAUCUGUACCAAUGUUACAAGGUGUUGGAGUCACCAUGGUCCUUCUGAUCAUAAUUGCCAACAUUUCCUAUGCCUGCAUUAUUGGUUACAGUCUGUACUACCUGUUUGCUUCCUUCCAAUCACCCCUACCAUGGGCACAAUACUGGGAUCAAGCAGUUUUACACCGUACAAGUUCAUUGGAUGAGACUGGGGAGAUUGUCUGGCAUUUAGCCCUCUGUCUGCUUCUAGCCUGGCUGAUGGUUGGGGCAGCAUUUUUGAAAGGAAUCAAAUCUUCAGGAAAGGUUGUUUAUUUCACUGCAAUUAUCCCGUAUGUGGUUGUGACGAUACUCCUGAUCCCAGGGGUUACCCUGGAGGGAGCCUCUAAAGGAAUUGAAUUCUACAUCGGAAGCCAUUCAGACUUCUCCAAACUGGCUGAUGCUCAGGUCUGGAAAGAUGCUGCAACACAAAUUUUCUACUCGACAUCAGUGGGUUGGGGCAGUUUAAUCACAUUGUCAUCCUACAACAAAUUCCACAACAACUGUUACCAAGAUACCAUCAUUGUCUGUGUUGUUAAUUGUGCUACGAGUGUGUUUGCGGGAUUUAUCAUCUUCUCCACUCUUGGACACAUGGCUCAUGUGCAAAACAAGCCCGUUUCAGAGGUUGCACGGUCAGGGUUUGGUUUGGACUUUAUUGCCUACCCAGAGGCCCUUGCACAGUUGCCAUGGGCAACUUUAUGGUCCAUUUUAUUUUUCUUCAUGCUGCUCACUUUGGGACUUGACACAUUGUUUGCAAGUUUUGGUAAGAAUGACAUCUUUUAA